AUGGAGGAAUUCACCGUGCACAAGCGGCGCAACCUCAAGGCACACAAGUGGACCAGGCGCAUCCUUUCCCUUCACCCCAAGCUUGGCGUCGCCGCCAUCACGGACCGUGGCAGGUCAGACGACAGGUUUCACGAGUGCAUGCGCGUCUCCAGCGUGCUAAUUUGGCCGCAGUACAAUAAGAAGCACGUGAAGGAGAACUUCUCGUCGAUGGAGGCGAUGCUGACGGUGCGCGUGAAGGGAAUUCCCGCAAAGAUCGGGGUGCGUGAGAAGCCGAGUCCCACCGGUCCAGUAAGGGUCUACCGCUACACGAUGAAGGGGCCCGAGGCGGAGAAGCACACAUGGAUGCUUCGCUUCAACAACUACGAAGACUUUGAAAAGGCCAUGAAACUCGUUCAAUCUAUGCAGACGGCUGAGGAGAACUAUCCUGUGGUCCGGUACGCUGAGGCUCAGCGCCUGGAGGAGGGAUGCGAGAGCGUCACCGACGAGGUAGAGAUGGAGGGGCUUCUUUCACGCCCGAUCAUCCACGGCAACUUGAAGGAUGACCUUGUACCAAUUCGCGCACAGUGGCAACAGAUACGGCCCAAGUGA